CAGGUAUUACAAGCACACCAUGAUGAAGUGUGGUUUUUGCAGUUCUCGAAUAAUGGGAAAUAUUUAGCAUCAUCAUCGAGUGAUAGAUCUGCAAUUAUAUGGGAGGUCCAUGAAGAUGGGGAACUGUCAUUGAAGCAUAUGCUAACUGGUCAUCAGAAACCUGUUCUGAUGGUCGCGUGGAGCCCUGAUGACCACCAGCUACUCACAUGUGGGAUGGAAGAAGCUGUGAGGCGUUGGGAUGUUCAUACUGGAGAUUGCCUCCAUGUCUAUGAAAAGAGUGGUCUUGGCCUGAUUUCUUGUGGCUGGUUCCCAGAUGGAAGACAAAUUUUUUCUGGUGGGACAGAUAACAGCACUUGCUUGUGGGAUUUGGAUGGGAAAGAACUGGAGUCUUGGAAAGGGCAGCGAACAACUAGGAGCUCAGAGAUGGCAUUCACAAAAGAUGGCAGGUGGGUAAUCAGCAUAUGCAGGGAAACUGCAAUUCUGUUGCUUGAUAGGGAAGCAAAGCUAGAGAAGCUGAUUGAAGAGGACCAGACGGUUACUUCGUUUUCACUAUCUGGAGAUGACAACUUUUUGCUCAUAAAUCUAGUGAACCAGGAGAUUCACUUGUGGAGCAUCAAGGAUGAUCCAAUACUUGUCACCAGAUACAGAGGUCACAAGCGCAGCCGAUUUCUAAUAAGGUCUUGUUUUGGGGGUUAUGAGCAGACUUUCAUUGCUAGUGGAAGUGAAGAUUCACAGGUGUAUAUAUGGUAUCGGGAAACUGGAGAUCUCAUCCGGGCACUACCAGGACACUCUGGUGCUGUCAACUGUGUCAGCUGGAACCCGACAAACCUUCAUAUGCUCGCAUCAGCCAGUGAUGACCAUACAAUCCGCAUCUGGGGACUAAACAGGGCUAACUUGAAACGCAAAGAAGCUUACAGCAAUGGAGUCGCCCACCAAUGCAAUGGAAAUUGUCAAUGAUAUGAGAACAUUGAAGUGGUCAGGUUCUUAAAUUCCUUAAUUAAUCCAUUGACCGUAUAAAUUCCUUGUUCUCCAUUUUGUGGGCACUCGUAACAAAGAAUCCUGUAAACGCGAACAGCUGCUACCAGCUCAUAAACCAUCUAAUAUGAUUAUUUAGUUCUUCCAUUCAUUUCUUAUUUGAAGCAGAAUAGAAAUUUAGUUUA